UCGCUGUGACGCUAUAAAGUAUGAGAGAAACGAGAUCGGUGUUUAUUCGACUAAUAACUGGAAACACAGCCAGUCGAUCCUUAUUUAUUCUUCUAGUGUGAACGGUUUCUUAUAGCCCAAACACAAAAUGGCCCUUUCCUCCAGCUCCAAGCUGAGCAAAGCUGUGAAGCAGCAGUACAUGGACCUGCCUCAGGGGGACAAGGUGCAGGCCAUGUACAUCUGGAUUGACGGCACUGGCGAGGGGCUCCGCUGCAAAACCAGAACUCUAGAUUCUGAACCCAAAACCAUAGAAGAACUUCCGGAGUGGAACUUUGAUGGCUCUAGUACGUACCAGGCUGAAGGAUCAAAUAGUGACAUGUACCUUAUUCCUAAAGCCAUGUUCAGAGAUCCAUUCAGAAAGGACCCAAACAAGCUGGUUCUUUGUGAGGUCCUCAAAUACAACCGCAAGACUGCAGAAACCAACCUGCGUCAGACAUGUGAAAAGAUCAUGAGCAUGGUAGAAACCCAGCACCCAUGGUUCGGAAUGGAGCAGGAAUACACCAUCCUUUCUGUUGAUGGGCAUCCAUUUGGCUGGCCCUCAAAUGGCUUCCCUGGACCACAAGGUCCGUAUUACUGCGGAGUGGGAGCGGAUAAGGCUUAUGGCAGAGACGUUGUGGAAGCGCAUUACAAAGCCUGUCUGUAUGCUGGGGUUAUGAUCUGUGGUACCAAUGCUGAAGUCAUGCCUGCACAGUGGGAGUUCCAGGUGGGUCCAUGUGAAGGCAUCACUAUGGGUGAUCACUUGUGGAUUGCUCGCUUCAUCCUGCACAGGGUGUGUGAAGACUUCGGCAUGGUGGUCUCUUUCGACCCCAAACCCAUCUCCGGUAACUGGAACGGAGCCGGCUGCCACACCAACUUCAGCACCAAGGCCAUGAGGGAAGCGGGUGGACUGAAACACAUUGAGGAGGCCAUUGAGAGACUGGGCAAGAGGCAUUCCUACCACAUUCGUGCCUACGACCCUAAAGGGGGUCUGGACAAUGCCAGACGCCUCACCGGCCACCACGAGACGUCCAACAUCCAUGAAUUCUCAGCCGGCGUGGCCAACCGAGGCGCUAGCAUCCGUAUUCCACGGUCCGUUGGCCAGGAGAAGCAGGGCUACUUUGAGGAUCGUCGACCUUCAGCUAACUGCGACCCGUACGCCGUGACUGAGGCGAUUAUUCGCACAUGUCUGCUGAACGAAGAGGGGGACGAGCCUAAAGUGUACAAAUGAACGGAGAUGCCUUUCUACACCUUUUAAAUAACUUCAUGGCGGAGGGGGUUCGAAGUCAUGUUUUUUAGUACUGUGGUUUACUGAAGCUUUGUAUUUAGUUGACUGGUCAAUCAGAUACAAGUGAGAUUUAGAGUAGCUGGUAGUGUUUAAUUGAAAUGUACAAGGUCCGUAUAAUCAGUGUUUACUGCACUCACUGUAAACGUGAUUCUUUAUUCCAGAUGCUGGCACAAUGUGUGAUUCCUGUUACUCCAAGCUAGUAAUGAGUUUCCUGUAAAUAUAUUGACUUUCAAUCUGUUUUUUUUUUUUUUUUUACUAACGAACCAAAGUUUUUAUAUGUAUUUUAAGACUCUUCCUGCAGUCAGUAAUGAAUAUAGACAUGACAUUUUUAUUAUGGCUGUAAUGUUGAUCUUUGUAGCUUUACUCUUCAAAGCUUUGUUUAUUUUCCAUGAUGCUGGAUUUGUUGAAGUUUUUCUUAACAAGUGAAUUAAAAAAAUUAGUUAAAUUUGAAGUAAGUGAAUGAUUCCCAUCAGCUUUACACCGGAUUCUUUUCCUGCUGUAAACCUCCUGUUUAUUCAGGCUUUGGAUCGGCACCAAGAGCAUUGAUGUGCCAAUCUGUGCCACCAACUUCCAAUUUAUGGAUGUUAGCUACCCUUAUUUAGUUAGUCAGAAAACUUUAAAACAAAUAAAAAUCUUUGCACAUGUC